AUGCCCCGCCUCCCAAGCUCCCUUCUGAGGCCCCGUGUCCUGCCGACCACUGCGCUCCGACAACACCCCCGCCUCCUCUCAGUCACACGUCCGCUCUCCUCGUCCGAGGGAGGCCAACACUCCGAACCCUCCUCCACAGACGACAAGUCCAGCACCCGCGCCCAAGAUACGGGCCCCGGCUGGGGUGGUCGCCAGGGUCGUGACCACGCCGUCAAGAGACCGCCGUACGACGUGCAUGCCGAUACCGCCCAGGAAGGGAUGAAGGAACACGAGCAGGGCAAAGAGGGCAGCGACGCCAUCUCGCGCAAGGACGAGCGCAAGAACCAGCAGAAGGCCAAGGAGGAGUUUCCCGAGUCGCCGGUGGUGAUUGGCAUGAACGAGGAGAGAGGGUCGAAGGAUCACUUCUGA